CGGUGCUGACCCCCGAGUGCAUGAACCCCGCGAUUCGGCGCGUCGAGUACGCGGUGCGCGGCCCCAUCGUCAUCCGCGCCACGGAGAUCGAGCAGGAGCUGCGCAAGGGUGUCCCCAAGCCCUUCACCGAGGUGAUCAAGGCCAACAUCGGUGACGCGCACGCCAUGGGCCAGCAGCCAAUCACCUUCCUGCGCCAGGUGACAGCGCUGUGCCUGUGCCCCGAGCUGAUGAAGGACGAGUCCCUGCCCAGCGACGUCAAGGAGCGCCCAGUCCUGCUGGAGGCCCAGGGACACACAGGGUG